AUGGCAGACCUUCAUCCCUCCGCCGCGGGGAAUAAUGCAUCUUCCACUAGCUCCAGCACAUCCUCAAACCCACGAUUCACUCCAGUUUCUUAUACCUCAGACGAAGAAAACCCAGUGCCAGGGACUGCAGAAUCACCCGUAGGCUCAUUGCGACUGCAGACCAACUUCGAUGACCACCAAGACGUUGGCGACCCUCUAUCCGAUUUCGAGAACGACGGCAACUAUAACACAAGUGAGGAACGAGAGGGCAAGAUUCCACGCGGCGGCUUGGGUCCGAGAUAUACACCGGAGGAGGAGAGCGAGGUAGUGAGGAGAUUUGACCGAAGGCUCGUCCCGUUUCUGGCACUUCUCUACUUGCUCUCCUUCUUGGACCGCUCCAACAUUGGAAAUGCAAAGAUAGCAGGACUCCAAGACGAUCUACAACUUUCAUCUUCGCAAUAUGAAUGGCUACUUACUGCUUUUUACAUUACCUACAUUCUCUUCGAAUGGAUGACGCUGAUGUACCGUGUUGUUCCCCCGCAUAUUUAUAUAUCCCUAUGUGUAUGUGGAUGGGGACUAGUCGCAUCAUUUCAGUGUCUAGCUACUUCCUUUGGGGGCCUGGUCGUUCUCCGGGCAUUGCUUGGAAUCACCGAGGCGGCUUUUGGCCCCGGUGUUCCGUUUUACCUGUCUUUGUUCUAUCGCAGACAUGAGCUGGCUUUCCGCAAUGGAUUGUUUAUCUCAGCGGCACCGCUCGCAACAUCUUUUGCGAGUAGUUUGGCCUACUUGAUUGUCAGGUUCAGCAGUGACGGCCCGAUCUCACCGUGGCGAACUCUCUUCCUCGUGGAGGGGUUCCCGAGUGUAAUUGUUGCGGUAUUUGCUUGGUUUCUGAUUCCGGACUCUCCUGGUCGGGCUCGAUUCCUGAGUCGCCGACAAAGGGUGGUAGCUCAGCAGCGUCUCGAAGAGAGCAAAACCGACUAUAAGCAAUCGUAUGGGAGUCAAUUUAACUGGCGAGAAAUCCUGAAAACUGCAGCGGACCCCAAGGCUUAUAUUGCUGCCUUUAUGUUUUUCAGUUGCAACGUUGCUUUCAGCUCAAUGCCUGUCUUUUUGCCUACUAUCAUCAAAGAUAUGGGAUACUCCUCCUUACAAGCCCAAGCCCUCUCAGCACCUCCCUAUCUCGUUGCCUUUGUUGUAGUCCUCCUCACUGCAUACGCCUCAGAUCGCAGCCGCUCCCGAAGCCCAUACCUAAUAGCGCACGCUCUCAUCUCCUCACUCGCUUACUUAGCGAUCGCAGCAACUGGUUAUUUCCACUCCGGGCUGUCACCAUGGCUUCACACAUUCAUCCGCUACAUCUGCGUCUACCCCGCCACGGCGGGGUUCUUUUCCGCAAUCACCAUCAUCAUUACAUGGGCAAUGGAUAACCGUGUCGAAAAGGAAGGCAAGGGCGCAAGCAUUGCCAUUCUCAAUAUCAUCAGACAAUGUGGACCCCUGCUCGGGACGAGACUGUAUCCCGAGACUGACGGGCCGUGGUAUAUUCGGGGCAUGGCUACGUGUUCGUUUUUCAUGUUUGUUGUUGCUAUAUUGGCGGUGGUACUGCGGGUUCUUCUACAGAGGAUGAAUCGGGCGGUUGCGGAAACGACCUAUAAUAUUGCACAGGCUGGCCCUGUUGAUCAGGGUGAGGAGCGGGAUGUGCUCAUGGGAGGUGGGAGGAGGGAUGAUUUGGAGAAUUCCACUGGGGAUAGAAGGCUUGUAUAUAUCAUAUAG